UCGAACGCAAGGCAGUGAUGCCAGUGCCCGCCGUGGUUUAAGAGCCAGCCAUCAGUGUUGUAGUCUGUUCUUGAAUUUCGCAGCCUCUGCUGCGGGUGCUCGGUGUCCUCGCGGGUAUCGCUGCUGCCGUCGCUUUAGCCCGAUUCGCAUGUUGUUCUUAGGAAUUAGGAGUGGCAAGAGCGGGUUCGGUUACGACGUAGGGAUUGAGAGAGGGCCGUGGCCGAGGCAGAUUGACAGGCAUGAUGUUUUUCUCCGGGGAUGCCACGUCGAAGAAGAAGGUGGAUCUGGGCGGCCGGAGCGGGAAGGAGCGGGACAGGCAAAAGCUGUUGCUGCAGACCAAGCUUGAGCGGGAGCAGCGUCAGCGGUUGCGGAUUCAGACGCAAAGUGCGAAGCAGAUACAGAAAUUUGUAAGGGGAAGGAGAGAGGUGGCUGCCGUACGCCCAAUAAUUCGAAGCGAAUUUUGUGCUAUUUAUGGGGAAUUCAGUGAAAGGGCAGACAGAAAUGCAUUUUUACCAUCGUCCAAAUUUCUUUCUCUACUUUUUUUCUUCUUUCAAUCAUCGAAUGAUGGGGACGUGCAGCGCCUUGUUGGAGCAUGUCGGCUUUUGAAGCAAAGUCUUUCCCAAAGCAAAAUUUCGGAAUUGUUUACAGUAGAACGUACUAUUUCUGAAUUGGCACUUGCAAGUCACAGGCAAAAGCGCCUGGCAUCCUUGUGUGUGCAUUCGUUGUUUAUCAAUUGCAUGUCAAUGAAAAUGGAGCUAUUAAAAGAUGUCCAUCCAUCUGCUAUCUCACAAGAUUCCUCUGUUCUGUUGGAGACACUGUUGCUAUUGACAAGCGACGAUUCGUUAUGGGGAAAUGAUGUCAUGGAACAUCUAAUGAGAAACAAGUUGUUUUAUUUCUUCCGUUAUAUUUUACUCCAGUUGAAACCAGAUGCAAAGCAAUCUACGAGAGAAAAAACCUAUUUAGAGUACGUUGUUUGUUGCCUCGCCAAAAGAUAUGUCCAAACAAUGAGUGCAGCAAACAUUCUGCCGAUAGAGUGGGGUUUUCCGUGUCAAGUUUUGUCCAUACCUUUGCUGUGGCAGAGGUAUCCAUCAUUGAAGCAGGUUUUCGUUUAUGAGGGUUUAUGGGGACACUCCAUCCACCUGAUUGCAUCAAAUCUUUCCAAGUUUAUAUCUCUCUUGCCUUCAGAUACAACACCAGAGUUUCCUUCCUGUAUCUGCCUUCUGGGUAACCUGCUUGAGGUAGCUGCGGAGGGUCUGUGUUCAUCAGAUUGUACUUUACAACUGGCAACAGAUUUUGCAGUAGUAUGUACAUACUUGCUGGAGGAUCUUCCUUCGUCCUUCUUUAGGAGUUCAAGGGACAGGAAUUACGAUGUGUCUGAUGAUCCAGGUCCUGACGAAGACAUGGACAUUGAUGGGCCUGAAACAACACUCUCUGAACCCGCACUUGAGCAACAAAUACUGCAUGCCGCGGAUCCAGAGUUACUCAAAAACUUGGUCAGAGUAGCGUUUCUUCAAUCCGCAACAAAUGGACCUUGUACAGAAGCUGAAGCCGAGGCAGUGGGGGCCACUUGUGCUUUUCUAUAUUCCAUCUUCAUGACUUUGCCUACAUCACGUGUUAUAACUGGCCUGGCAUACAAGGCUCAGCUUGUACCUCAGCUAUGGACUCACAUAAAACGACAUCACCGUCUUCAAUCCUGGCCUUCUAUUGAGUUUAAGGGAAGGAAUGUUUUAGAAAUGCUGGUUUCCAGGCUGCCUGGUUGGGUGUUACCACUUGCCGUGUUUUGUCCUGUGUACAGUUAUUUGUUAAUGAGCAUAGACAACGAGGAGUUUUAUGAACAACAACGGCCUCUCUCUAUUCCUGAUAUUAUCCGACUAGUGUCUGUAUUGAAGGAGGCUUUAUGGCAACUAUUAUGGGUUUUGACAAAUAAGCAAUCUUCAAGUUCUGCUCAUAAGCCUGGUUCAGACGCUUUUGGAUCCCGAAGGAUGUUUUCUUAUCAUGUGUUUCAGCAAUUCGUUAGCAAAUCUGCAUCUCGCCUUUUAGCAGAGUUGCAUGACCGUAAUAGCAGGCGGCAAUUUACGCCUCCCGAAGAUUUUCACGCCCGUCAAGGUGUUGACGACUAUUUUGUCGCACAGGCUGAAGGGGAACAUACAAGGGCGCGAGAUCUUCUGAGACAAGCUCCCUUUCUUGUUCCAUUCAAGGACCGAGUGCGCAUCUUUACGUCGCACAUAGCUGCAGCCAGAGCAGAAAAUGGCCCGCAAAAUCCCAUGGGAAGGACUCGAAUUAAAAUCAGAAGAGAUCAUAUUACAGAGGAUGCAUUUGCUCAGCUUAAUGGAAUCAGCGCCGAAGCUUUGAAAGGCACGAUACGGGUCAUGUUUGUAAAUGAGCUGGGCGUCGAGGAAGCAGGUGUGGAUGGAGGAGGGAUUUUUAAAGAUUUCAUGGAGGGCAUAACUAAAACGGGCUUUGAUGUUCAAUAUGGGCUCUUCAAGGAAACUUCUGAUCACUUGCUAUAUCCCAAUCCAGCAUCUCAGAUGGUAUCUGAUGAGCAUCUUCAGUAUUUCGAGUUUUUUGGAAAAAUGUUGGGGAAGGCAAUGUUUGAAGGAAUCCUUGUAGACAUUCCAUUUGCUACCUUUUUCUUGAGCAAGCUCCGAAAGAAGCACAGUUACUUGCAUGACCUGCCAUCUUUGGAUCCUGAGCUGUAUCAAAGCAUGCUAUUUCUGAAGCACUAUGACGGAGAUUGGUCGCAACUAGCUGCGUAUUUCGUAGUUACGCACAAUGAAUAUGGUGAGCAAACGGAAGUGGAACUUAUUCCAGGAGGAAGAGAUAUUCAAGUCACUGGUGACAAUGUUAUUAAAUACAUACACCUAGUCGCACAUCAUCGUUUAAAUACUCAGAUUUACCAGCAAAGUCUUCAUUUCCUUCGCGGUUUUCAGCAAGUUAUCCAUUCAGAGUGGAUUGACAUGUUUAACGAGCAUGAGAUACAGACGAUUAUUUCAGGUUCGCAUGAAGGUAUGGAUGUGGAUGAUUUGCGUAAGAAUGCCAAUUAUGCUGGUGGCUACGAUGAGCAUCACCCUGUCAUCGAGAUGUUCUGGGAGGUCGUGCAGAAGUUGGAUUUGGGACUGCAGCAAAAGUUUCUGAAAUUUGUCACAGGUUGUUCACGCGGCCCACUUCUUGGAUUCAAGCAUUUGGAACCGCAAUUUUGUAUACAAAGGGCUGGCCUUGAUGACGGAUCCCAAGAAGCCCUAGAUCGCUUACCAACAUCAGCAACCUGUAUGAACCUUCUCAAGCUUCCUCCUUACAGAAGUAAGGAGAUCAUCCACGAAAAACUUCUGUACGCCAUUACUGCUGGAGCCGGUUUUGAUCUCAGUUAGGCCAGAACUUGGCCAAUGUUUAACUGUGCUGGAUUGCUCCUCUACGUUUUCCUGCUUGCGAAGUUCACCGUGGUGCGCGACUCGAAUUUAAAGAUUAAUAGUGUUAAUACCUUCUCAGACAGCUAUAAAGUGCGCUGUGUCUCUUGGUAUCCAAGGCAUACAUCAAAUUUACUCAGCGUUAGUAUUAGUCCAUUAGAUUCAUAGAAAGUGCGUUGGCCAAUCAAAUUUUACUUUUGCAUCAACGACCAGGCACAUGUCCAACAGACUCUCCACUGUAGAAAAACAUGUUUCACUGAGCGUGAGACAAGGUGUGAAAGUUGUCACCAGCAUUUUGUGAAAACCAUCAUAAUGUUCAUUUCGCUAUGUACAUAACCUUUCAAAUUCAUCGUGAUUCAAUCCAUUGCUAUCAAAUUAGCUAAUCCUA